GGGGAGGCUGUCCUCCUCACCACGCUCACCUCUCCCCUUGCAGGUGCGGGGUGCACACUGACCAUGCCCCGCUCCUUCCUGGUGAAGAGCAAGAAGGCUCACACCUACCACCAGCCCCGCGUCCAGGACGAUGAACCCUUCUGGCCGCCCGUCCUGAGCCCGGUGGCCAGCGACCAGGUCCCGAGCAGCCACCCUGCCCUCGGCACCCUGCUCCCAGGCCCGCACCUGGACUGGCCCGACCUCAAACGGGAGCCAGCGCUGGAGCUGGACCAGAGCUGGGCCAGGAUGGCCUCGGCACCAGAGGGUCCUGCCGGGACGUCCCAACCACCAGACAGGGACUCGCCAGCCUCCAGCUCCCCGCCGCUCUACAAGCCCAGCUUCUGCUGGGAUGCCCUGGCCUCAGCCUACAGCCACAGCUACCGGCAGGCCCCCUCCACCAUGCAGUCCGCCUUCCUGGAGCGCUCCGUCAGCCUGUACGGCAGCCCCCUGGUGCCCAGCGCCGAGCCGCCCUUGGACUUCAGCCUGCGCUACUCGCCGGGCCUGGACGCGUACCACUGCGUCAAGUGCAACAAGGUCUUCUCCACCCCACACGGGCUGGAGGUGCACGCCCGGCGCUCCCACAGCGGCACCCGGCCCUUCGCCUGUGACGUCUGCGGCAAGACCUUCGGCCACGUGGUCAGCCUGGAGCAGCACACGCACAUCCACUCGCAGGGGAUCCCGGCGGGGUCCAGUCCUGCGCCGGCGCCUGACCCCCCAGGGCCUCGUUUCCCCCGGCAGGAGCGCAGCUUCGAGUGCCAGAUGUGCGGCAAAGCCUUCAAGCGCUCGUCCACGCUGUCCACCCACCUGCUCAUCCACUCGGACACGCGGCCCUACCCCUGCCAGUUCUGCGGCAAGCGCUUCCACCAGAAGUCGGACAUGAAGAAGCACACGUACAUCCACACGGGUGAGAAGCCACACAAGUGCCAGGUGUGCGGCAAGGCCUUCAGCCAGAGCUCCAACCUCAUCACCCACAGCCGGAAGCACACGGGCUUCAAGCCCUUCAGCUGCGAGCUCUGCACCAAGGGCUUCCAGCGCAAGGUGGACCUGCGGCGGCACCGCGAGAGCCAGCACAACCUCAAGUGAGGCGGUGCCCUCCCGCCCGCCCGGCCCGUCCUGGGUCUGCCACCCCGAGGGAGGCCAGCCUGGUGCGCCCGGACCCCCCGUCUCCCGGAGGCAGCGCUGCAUGGGACCGUCUUGCAGCUUCUUUUGAGACUCACGAAACUGCUGUGUGACUUUGGGCAACUCGCUUUCCCUCUCUGGACCAGUGGUUCUCCUGCUGUGAAGUGUGGGAGCUG